CUCCUGAGGGAGAUGGAAGCACUGGAGGCGUUGCUUCAAAGGCACCACAUCAACCCGCAAGCAGCCCACAUUCAGGGCUGUCGCUACCUCUGCACCGACCCUCUGCUCUGCUCCUUCUCCGCCUCCCCGCCUUGCAAAGUCACCACCCUCGCCAAGGACUCCCUCGCAGUGCUGAACCAGAUGAGACACGAGGUGGACAGGCAGCAGCAGAGGAAGGAAAUGCUGAGGAUGCAGGGAGGAGGAAGGAAGAGAAGGGAUGCGCUCCCAGGGAGGGCAGGAAGAGGAGAGAAAGGGUCAAGGGAGCGACAUGCAGCAAGCAGAGAUGGGGAGGGUGCAGGGUCGAAUAUUUCAAAGGGUGGAGAGGAGGGGAGGGGAGAGGAAGAUGCAAGGGGAGCAACAAUUGGGGCAGGCGAGGGGGAGGAGAGUGUUGCUAGGAGCAGGGCAGUAGAUCGGGAGAGGGAAGGGAUGAGUGAGGAGGAGGGAGGAGAGGGGAGGGUGGGAGAGGCGGGAGUGGGAGAGGGGGGGAGAGGAGAGGAAGGAGGGCGAGGAGCGGAAAAGGGGGAGUGGCUUGGGGAGGAGGGUGAGGAGGAAAGCGAGGAGGAGAGUGAGGAGGUGGCAUCGAAGGUGGGGAGGAACGCGUGGGUGGUGGAGAGGAGGAGUGGGGGGCGGCAGCUGGUGGUGGCGGUGGAGAGAGGGUGUGACUCCCUGCUGGGAGCAGAAGAGCUCGUGGACAGACUCAAUGCACAGUGA